UGGUCUUAUGUUGUCACAGCUGAUUCAACACAAGCCGUGCCAUUCACUUUGAAUUCUAUUUAAAAAUUAACCAGAAAUACUGAGUAUAUAGUAGGACAGAAAGAGUUUGAUGAACCUCUUUGGCUGGUCCAGUAAUGUAACACACAGUCUUGUGCAAGAGACAGAGCAGUGUAAAGGUACAGCUGUGUGGACACUUCACAGAAAUGCCUACGUAUACCACUUGUUCAAAUAUUGCAGCAUAAAUAUCAAAGUAUAUGAGCCUCCUGACAUCUACCCUUUAAAAGGAAGUUGCCAGGGACAAGCUGGUGAGUUUGCUGUAUCCUCCUGGUGUUUUAUGGGGACUUAUCUGUCUCCAUCUCCUCCAACAUGCUGCUGUCGCUGCACUGGUUUUGGCUGGUCCUAUUGCUAUAUCUGACGAGCCUCAGAGAGGUGAAGGCUCAGUUUCCUCGUCCCUGUACAACACCAGAGGCUCUGCAGAGCCGGACGUGUUGCCCCCUCUGGAACGGCUCUCCUUGUGGGUUUAGCUCCGGGAGAGGAGUCUGUGCACCACAUCCUGCAAGAGACCUCCCAAAGCCAGUGGACUACAGGGUGAGCUGGCCUCGCGCCUUCUAUGAUUCAGUGUGUACAUGCUGGGGGAACUAUGAUGGAUUUGACUGUGAUCAGUGCCUCCCAGGCUGGAUAGGACCCCGAUGUCUGCAACGGCACCACGUGGAGAGGAAGGAGAUAACAGACCUGACUGAUUCUGAGAGGGAGACCUUCCUCUCAAGCCUGCACCAGGCCAAACAGAGCCCCAGCAGCCGGUAUGUGAUCCUUACAAGCAAUGACACAACAGUGGAUGGGAACUACGCAUUUCACAACACAAGUGUCUAUGACCUGUAUGUAUGGAUGCACUACUACUCAGCUAAGACCUACGCUGGUUCUGAAAAUAAUUCUGCACACCGGGGCCCUGCUUUUAUCUUCUGGCACCGAGUGUUUCUACUCUUUAUUGAGAGAGAGAUCAGGGAGCUCACUGGGAACCAAGAUUUCUACAUCCCAUAUUGGGACUGGACCAGAACCGACCACUGCAACAUCUGCACCAACCAGUACAUUGGGGGAGUUGGCCAAGAUGGUCGCAUAGACGGUGCUUCCCUGUUCUCAAAGUGGAAGACCAUAUGUCCGUUUCAGGAAAGUCUCGGUGUAAUCUGCAUCCACUCUGAUGCAUCUGAUGCACAUCUGAUCCGCAAUCCUGGAAAGGAUCCAAUGUACAAAACACUGCCAACCACUGAAGAUGUUGAAGACACAAUGGCAACACCACUUUUUGACACCCCUCCAUUUGACAGAACAUCUAAGAAAAGCUUCAGGAACAAGCUAGAAGGUUUUGAGAUUCGCGACGAUUUCCGACACCUGAACGCCUCUAUGCACAACCUGAUCCACAGAUACAUCAACGGCACCAUGUCUCUGGUGCCCACUGCAGCCAAUGACCCCAUCUUCAUGCUGCAUCACAGUUUCAUUGACAAGCUUCUCGACGGGUGGCUGCAGCAGGACUCCAGUAAAGCGACCUACCCUGACAGUGACCAGGUCCAUCCAGCCCAGAGAGCGCAGGCCUUCAUGGCCCCCUUCUUCCCUCUACGCACCAACAACUACUACUGGGGCAGGGACACCCAGAGCCUGGGUUACAGCUACAGGGAACACAGCCUCCAUCGCUCUGGAGACGCUGGGGACAGCGUUGCGAGACAGGCUGCAGGGUCCCUAAAGGAAUCUACAGCCAGCGGGGUCCAGUGGCAGUGGCCUGUUCUGGGUGUAUUCAGUGUGGUAUUGAUCUGUGUUAGUGUUGGAGCUGCUGUUAAAUGCAAAGACAAAAUACGGCAAACACAAGACGUUGAGACAGAGGAGAUACAGACAGAGUCUGAUUACAGAUUCAACUCUCUUUAUGCUAUCUGGACUAAAGAGAGGAACGGGACAGCAGCUGAUGUUGCCUCUUGUGGGGCUCAUUCACAAGAUGUAGCGCCUGGGCCUCCAUCAGAGGGGAGAGGAGGAAACAGCGUCGAGUCAGCUGCAAACGUGGAAAUUCACCUUUAGUUUCAAAGGGAUGGAGAGUGAAUCAGCUGCAGAGCACAGAUGAAGCUAAGCCUGGAGAGAGCAUGGGCCACCAACCAAUGAUCACCAUUUUAUAUUAGCACAGGGUCAAAUUUAGUAGGGGUUGGUGUUAUAUAAUCUAGGACUUAGUUCACCAUUAGUUAUUGAUUAUUUAGUCAAUUCUUCAGGAAUUACACUCAGUUGCCAGUUUAUUAGGUACACCUAGCUAAAACUGUAACCGUCUAACACAACAGUCCUGCAAUAAAUCCUCCUUCCAUGAAAGUUGUAAUGUUCAGUGUUUGUAUAAAACAGUUCAGAGAGGUGAUGACUCAAUUGUGUUGAACCAAGAAGUGUUUCUACUAUUUAGUCUUAGUAAGAUUCAAUGAUUUUUCACAUUGCUGCAAAAAAACAUAAAUAGAGGCUACAGGAAGAUGGGGGGGAGGGGGGGGGGAAUGAAUGGUGCAAGAUGAAAUAUAAAAGUUUAUUAUAAAAACUGAGCUGUACAUUGGAUGAAUUAAAAGCAUCUCUCUGCUGAUAUACAGCUCUUUUCCAUGGGAAACAUUGAGAUGAGUGCAUUUUCACAACAAAAUAAAUGAAAUCAGUGAUACUGUGAGAUAGAAUGUGA